AUGGAGGAAAUCGAAAGAGAUAGAGAAAUUGUAAGAAGGAUGAAGAAGUUCGACAAGGAAUCAAUGGAGGCAGCAUGCAAGGAGAGCCUCAAGAACAAAAGGAUCUCCUAUGUUCCAAAUCUUGUUGCGAUGGGCAUCUCUGAGCCUAUGAGGAGGAACACAAGGCCCGGGGUGCUUAGCUUGAAAAUAAGAGGCAUGAGCACAAGAAACAUUCUGUUUGCAGUUUCUGAGUCGUUCAGGAACAUCAACAAGAAAAUAGUCAGGAAGCUCGAGAGGAUCAAGGAGGAGCUUUCCAGGAGGAACGACCUCUUCGAGUGUAUUGUAGACCAUAUAGAGAGCAUGGAUGUGAUAGAGGAUGAGCUCUUUUCAUGGUAUCCCGGGCUGAAGACGUCCGACAUAUUAAGCUUUUUUCUUGAUCUUAUGCCUGACCUUCUGGAGAAGUACAAGAGGUACUUUGUGAAGUCUCUGGUUCUCCAGCAGCCCCCAAAGAGGAAGAUCCUGAAGGCGCUCAGAGAUAGACUCCACAAGAAUCUGCAGUGCUUUGACAUUAUUGAGAGGGAUCUUGAGCUUUUUGAGGAGCUCUCGAAGAGCAUUUCUCUGGAAGGGCGUAUUAUUACUUCCUCCUACUGGUGUGAGGACGAGGACAGGUGCGAGGAUGCCCUAAGGCUCUUCCCUCAGCUCAAGGACAGGAUAUGCCUGAGCCCGGAUGUAUGCAUAGAAUUGUUUCAUCCGCUUUCGCAUGCCGAGAUCCAGAUAAAUGGAAGAGAUCUGGUUGUAUCAUUUGUGCAGCUUAAUGAUCUUUUGACGAGGAACGCCAGAUCCCUUGAUUUUUGGAUGAAGGAAGGGAUUGUGGACGGGAACUGGGAGUAUUUAUAG